CGAGUCAAGAUCUUAUUUCCUUACCUAUGGCCCAAACAAUCUUUAACCCUUCAGCUUGUGGCACUACUUUGUCUCCUCUGCCUACUCGUAGGGCGCGGUGUCAACUUACUUGUUCCCAUGACACUUGGUCAGGCAGUCGAAGAUCUUACAUCAGGAGCUUGGCCCUGGCUACACCUAGGGCUUUAUAUCGGUCUACGUUUCUUACAAGGUUCAGGUGGAAUUGUCUCAGUGAUCCAACAAAAUUUAUGGAUACCGGUAGCCCAGGUGGGUCUCAUUAAGUUUGACUACUUUUUGCAUAAACAUCUUCUCGACCUUUCGCUAUCAUAUCACACUCGGCGCAAAACGGCCGAGGUUCUCAGGAUCCUCGAUCGUGGCUCCGCUAUUAAUCAGUUCUUUCAAUUACUCCUCUUUAGUCUGGUCCCGAUCUUCUUGGAUAUCGUCAUUGCUGUUGGAAUCAUUGCAUUUCGAUUUGAUGUUAUCUUGGCCACCACUAUCUUGCUGGUGAUGAUUGCAUACGUGACCGCCUCUGUAAUACUCACACAGUGGAGGACAACUAUUCGAAGAGAAAUGGUAGACAAAGAUAAAUACACCCGUGGAAUCCAAGGUGACUCUCUGUUGAACUGGGAAACUAUCGCAUGGUUCAAUACCAAGACUUUUGAGACUACGCGUUACCUGGAGGCGACCAUUGAUUAUCAACGCUCAGAAUUUCUAGUCACAUCUUCGCUCUAUUUGCUAAAUAUGGUCCAAAACGCAAUCAUUGCUGUCGCGCUUCUGGUUGGGUGUUUUACUGUUGCUUUUGAAGUCAGCAUUGGGGAGAAGACGGUCGGAGACUUUGUUUUAUUUGUUACGUAUCUUGCGCAACUAGUUGCGCCCUUGAACCAAUUAGGAACUCUUUAUCGAGUAAUUCAACAGAAUUUGACUGAUACGGACAAUCUGAUGAAGCUUUUAGCUGAACCGAAAGAAAUUGAAGAUGCUCCCGACGCGAUGACGAUUUUGGGAGCUAAGGGUGAGAUCGUAUUUGAUCGCGUGGGAUUCUCUUACGACGGGGCAUCUACUGCGCUCGAGGACAUUAGUUUCACAGUCCCACCAGGUUCCUCUGUGGCAUUAGUGGGCGAAAGUGGAAGUGGUAAAUCAACGUUACUCAGGUUACUAUUCAGGUUUUACGACCCUACUAGUGGAUCCAUUCUUCUCGAUGGUACCGAUAUCCGAAAGUUGACACUAUCGAGUUAUCGAAACCAGAUUGGCAGUGUGCCACAAGAUGCCGCUCUGUUCAACGACACCAUCAGAUAUAACAUUGGUUAUGGUGCCAUCGGAAUGAAACCAGACGGACCAACCAUGGAAGACGUGAUCGAAGCUGCCACAGCGGCUCAGAUUCAUCAGCGCAUAAUGUCUUUCCCGGAAGGUUAUGAAACUCGAGUAGGUGAACGAGGCGUGAGACUGUCAGGAGGAGAAAAACAGCGAGUUGCCAUUGCCCGGGUGAUGAUUCGGAAUCCACCAGUUAUCCUCUUGGAUGAAGCCACAUCUGCACUUGACACAACCACCGAACGAGAAAUCCAAUUAGCAUUACAAAAACUUGGAAAGAAUCGUACAACAGUUGCAAUCGCACAUCGACUUUCGACUAUUGUUAAUUCUGAUUUAAUCCUGGUGAUGCAUAAAGGAAAGAUUGCUGAAAGAGGUAGUCAUUCAGAUUUAUUGAAACAAAAAGGGAUUUAUUCAGAACUUUGGGCUAAACAAAUUAGAGCUGAAGGUCAAGCUCAAACUACAAUUGAGAAUGAGAUUUCAAAUGAAGCCUAACAUCAAACAUCGGUUUAAUCGUUUUUGAUUUACAAAAAAAAGUUGGACUCUCUUUAGCUUUCGAAGGUGGAAUUCUCAAUCUAGAAGAGUCAAGGAUGAGGCUUUCAUCAUAUCUUUCUCUCCUCAUACUUGUAAACAAAAACUUUAAUAAUGUGUGACUGUAUAAAUUUUUCAAGAUUCGCAGUAGCAAAAAGCCCAAGAAUACACUUUUUUUCUUUAAAGUUACCAAUCCUUAAUAAUUUUGUACUUAACCCUCAUCCCAGACUUAAUAAAAACAUUAUUGAAGAAUGAUUUAGACAAGUUAUGUCUUAGUAAUAAAAGUUGAGUGACAUAUAUAUAU